UGCUUCACCACCGUCAGGCAGUAUACACGCCUUCGUUCACACCGCGCGAACUUUGAAAAGGGAGUUAAUUUUCACGCUCUUGUUUAUAAUUGGAUUUUGUUGUGUUAUACGCUUCAAAAGUCCACAGAUUUAACUUUAAAUCAGUUUAUUCUGGUCGAAGUUAGUUUACGUUUCAGAUCUGAGUCUAUUAAUUAUAAUAAGUGUUCUUAUAACAUAAUAGCCACAUAUAUCUAUCUUUGUGCACUCAUUAGCUUUUAUCACUGAUUUACAAAGGUUAUAUAUAUAUAUUUGAAGUUGUAUUUAACUUUUCCUGGUUCGUUUUAAAUAAAAUGCCUAUUAAAAGAAACCGCUGCGGAAGGGCUAUGUGCCAGUUUCCAGUGGAUGAGGGAAUGCAGUGUGAUAACUGCAAGAGAUGGUUUCACAGUAUGUGCACGAACCUUACUCCAGCAGCAUACAAACGCUGCUGCAAACCUCUAGCGAACUGGUUAUGCAACGACUGCUGUAGUACAACUAAACUCCGUAUUACAGAAGCCAUAGCUACUCUUAGUGGGGCUUUAAAGCUCAUGGACUGCAAGCGUCCUCCACCACAGAAGAAUACCGACUAUUGCUCAGAUAGCGAUGACGUGACUAGCGUCAUUGACAAAACAGCACAUGUCCCAGAUGCGACCUUGCCAAUAAGUGAGUGCUCUACAGCACAGAAGAACACCCACCAUAUUACAGACACCCAGGUCGCCCCCACGAUACUGGAUGAGCCCUCCAGUGACAGUAAUGGAAAGACUGCCGUGAAGAAGAGGCGUACUAGGGGUCGAAAACCUGCAGCUCCAGUCGCCCAGGGACUGGCGGAACAAGCCUCAUCCACACCGGUGAGCAGCAGACAGACGAACCCCACUAAGAUUAGCGAGGAGGACGCCAAUGAAUGGCGCACCGUAGUCUCUCGCAAAAAGCGAGAUAAGGAUAACACUUCGGCCACACCGCCCAAGAAGGAUAGAAACACACUUACGCCUCAGGGCAAGAAAGUAACGGAAAGCAAACCCGAUCUCUCUGAUAGGUCUCUCAUUCUCCACAAAGUGGAGGAGUCACUGGCUCUCGACCCUAAGACCAGAUUCGAGCAUGACCUUAACUUGGUCAAGCCCCUUUUAGACAAGCUACUGCCACAAACAGUAUCAGGCAUUACUAUACACAGCGUAUACAGAAUAGGUCAAAAGCCUGACCCUACAGUAAGUGAACCUGUACGUCUCCUCAAAGUCGUACUAAACUCUAAAGCGGAGAGGGACGCUAUUCUAAGCAACUCUCAUAUUCUCAAAGGAUCAGGGAUAUAUGUCCGCGCUGACUUAAGCCUGGCAGACCGUGUCAAAAGACAGGCUGCGGCACUAGAAUUAAGUGAGCGACGCCGGAACGGUGAGAAGAACCUUAAGAUUAAGGGUUUUCGGGUUGUCCGAGUUCGCAGUUUAAUGAUCCCGAAACCUCUGUGGGUGGGCCGGGGAAGCACCAAUCUGAAUUAACAGUCUGCUACACAAACGCCCGCAGCCUGUUAAAUAAAAGGACUGAGCUGGCAAACAUGAUAGAAACCGGAAACCCGGAUGUAAUUAUUAUCACAGAGACAUGGCUCACACCCGAUGUCACUGACAACGAAGUUAACCUGCCAAACUUCGAAGUGCACAGGGUAGACCGACUAAACCGCAAAGGAGGGGGCGUAGUCAUCUACCUCAAGAAAGGCUUAACCGUGCGUAGUAUCGAAGCACUCGCCCACGAAAGUGAGUCGUGCGAACUUCUACGCUGCAGACUUAAAUGCAUAGGCCAAGACAUUGACCUCAUUGCUGUGUACCGCAGUCCUGACUGCAGUGCAGACGACUUCCUAAUAGAGAAGCUAGGCUCCUGGACUUCAAAAUGUCGAAGUCUCGUAGUCGGUGACUUCAACGCCCCAACAGUUGACUGGUCGAGCCUAACAACUCCAUCUUCAGUCAACUCCUUUGACCAUAAACUGCUAGAAUCUAGUAUAUCGCUAGCCCUAGUCCAACAUAUCAUUAAGCCCACGCGCUAUGACUCACAGCACUCCUCAUCAACUCUGGACCUAGUGUUCUCACACGGUGAGGAUGUGGAUCUCAUACAACAUCUUCCUCCGUUAGGAAGAAGUGACCAUGCUGUGCUCACUUUCAAGUUCACAGCAACGGCAGCAAGGGCCAAAACCCCAGCUCGACCAAACGUUUGGAAAGCUGACAUAAAUGCGAUCGUCUCAGCAGCCAACUCAGUAAACUGGUACAUCAAUCCAGAGUCCCAAGUAGAAGCCGCAUGGAACCAAUUUAAGCAACUUUACGCCCAAGUAACUGUACCCUUCAUCCCUUGGUCUGUUCCAAAGGGUCGGAAACAUUCCCCCCCUUGGAUAAACCGGGAGAUUCGUAAGUUACUCAGACGUAAACGCAAAUGUUGGAACCUGUUUGCAACACUUGAGACUUCUGAGACCAGGGAAUUAUAUACUACUGCUAGAAAUAAAGCUAUCGCAGAAAUCCGCCAAUCAAGGAUGAAGUUCGAGACACACCUGGCCCAAAAUGCAAAGGCACAACCUAAGAAAAUUUUCUCGUACUUGAAUUUCAGGAAUAAAACACCCAAUGGUGUCCCAAACCUGAUUAUUGACAAAGAUACAAUCGAAGAAGAUCAAGAAAAAGCAGAAGCAAUGGCAAACUACUUCUCCCAAGUCUUCACUCAGGAGUCAUCACUGCCUAUAGGAUCAGCUCUGGCUGCAUCAGAAGAACAUGGGAUAGAUUCCGUUGACAUCGACCAAGGCAUCGUGCUCAACUUCUUAAUGAAACUAGAUGCAGGAAAAUCAAUGGGUCCUGACAGUCUUCAUCCAAGGCUUCUCAAGGAGCUAUCAGCCCACAUAGCCGGCCCCUUGACCACGAUCUUCAAGCUAUCUCUCCAAAAUGGAGUGUUGCCACGUGAUUGGAAAGACGCCAUAGUAACCCCCAUACACAAAGGAGGAUCAAGACAAAGCCCUUCAAAUUACAGGCCUAUCAGUCUCACCAGCACUUUAAUCAAGACACUGGAAAGAAUUAUCAAGAAAAGCAUCAUGGCUUAUCUGGAAAAUAGCAGCUUGUUAUCUGGAGCACAGCAUGGCUUCCGGAGGAACCUCUCAUGCCUGUCAAAUCUCCUGACUGCAAGAGAAAGCUGGGUCAAAUCAAAGGAUAACAGAAGACCCGUUGACGUCGUCUUCAUAGACUUCAGUAAAGCCUUUGAUAAAGUACCUCACAAAAGACUACUCAUGAAAUUGGAAAGUCUUGGUAUCAAAGGCAGACUACUAGACUGGCUCAGGGAAUUCCUCAUAGAUAGGAGGCAGAGGGUUAGGAUCAACUCAAAACUCUCCUCCUGGACAGCAGUAAGUAGCGGAGUGCCACAAGGCACGGUUCUCGGUCCUCUCCUUUUUAUUCUGUAUAUCAAUGAGUUACCUCUGCUCACUGACUCCCCUAUGGUCCUAUACGCAGAUGACUUAAAAAUUUGGAGGGAGCUGAAGGGCAACAGUGAUACGUCCACCUUGCAAGACGACCUCAACAAACUGUCGGAGUGGUCUGUUGAAUGGAUGCUCCCGAUCAACGUGGCAAAAUGUGCAACCAUGCGCAUUGGACAAGCAAGCACGAGCUCCUACGAACUAGAGGGAAUAACACAUCCAUCAGUUCAGACUCACUUGGACUUAGGUGUCAUAGUUAGCCACGACUUAAAGACUACAGCACACUGUCGCGCGGUGGCUGCACGUAGUUUCAGGUCCUUAUGGGCGAUUCGCAGAGCCUUUACAAGAAUUACCAGAGAUAUGUUCACCUCCUUAUACACAUCUCUGGUUAAGUCAAGACUGGAAAACUGCAUCCAGGCCGCCAGUCCGUGUCUAAAACGGGAUUCACACAUUCUAGAAAGUGUUCAAAGGAAGGCAACACGUAUGGUUCACGGCAUAGCUUACUUAUCAUAUGAGGAAAGACUAGAUAGUUUAAAUCUCUUCUCACUACUCAUGAAAUUGGAAAGUCGUGGUAUCAAAGGCAGACUACUAGACUGGCUCAGGGAAUUCCCCAUAGAUAGGAGGCAGAGGGUUAGGAUCAACUCAAAACUCUCCUCCUGGACAGCAGUAAGUAGCGGAGUGCCACAAGGCACGGUUCUCGGUCCUCUCCUUUUUAUUCUGUAUAUCAAUGAGUUACCUCUGCUCACUGACUCCCCUAUGGUCCUAUACGCAGAUGACUUAAAAAUUUGGAGGGAGCUGAAGGGCAACAGUGAUACGUCCACCUUGCAAGACGACCUCAACAAACUGUCGGAGUGGUCUGUUGAAUGGAUGCUCCCGAUCAACGUGGCAAAAUGUGCAACCAUGCGCAUUGGACAAGCAAGCACGAGCUCCUACGAACUAGAGGGAAUAACACAUCCAUCAGUUCAGACUCACUUGGACUUAGGUGUCAUAGUUAGCCACGACUUAAAGACUACAGCACACUGUCGCGCGGUGGCUGCACGUAGUUUCAGGUCCUUAUGGGCGAUUCGCAGAGCCUUUACAAGAAUUACCAGAGAUAUGUUCACCUCCUUAUACACAUCUCUGGUUAAGUCAAGACUGGAAAACUGCAUCCAGGCCGCCAGUCCGUGUCUAAAACGGGAUUCACACAUUCUAGAAAGUGUUCAAAGGAAGGCAACACGUAUGGUUCACGGCAUAGCUUACUUAUCAUAUGAGGAAAGACUAGAUAGUUUAAAUCUCUUCUCACUGUCAUACCGUAGGCAGAGAGGAGAUUUAAUCACAAUGUUUAAAAUUUUAAAUAAUGACUACGGACCUGACCUAUUCUCUCUUUUCCUUCCCACCAGGUCGAAACACCUUAGAGGACAUAGCAGGAGAGUUCAAAAGCCAAGGAGAAAUCAUAUUGCUGUUGAGUACUGGUUCUCACAUCGAGUCACAAACUCUUGGAACCGACUCCCAGAAGAAGUGGUGUCUGCAACCUCAAUUGAUUCGUUCAAGAAGGGUUUGGACAACCACAGAAAUCUACUAGAAAAGGAUUAACAUAGGCUACAAGCCUUCUAUCCUCAACCAAUAAAUCUGAAUCUGAAAUCUGAAUCUGAAUCAAUGCCUCUCAAAGUACCAUGAUCAAGCCAGCUAGCAUUUUUUUCGGGCGCAUUGCAGACAUUUUGGGGCGAAAACUUCGGGUAGAUCUACUUACGUGGGACAGUGUCGCGAAGUUUGCCCCAAAAAGUCUGCAAUGUGCCCAAAGUCUUCCUCCUAAUUUGCAAUGUGCCCAAAUUCUUCCCCAAAAAGUCUACAAUGCGCCCUAAGUCUGUUUCUAAAAGUCUGCAAUUUGCCCAAAAGUCUGCAAUGCGCCCGAAAAAAAUGCUAGCUAUUGCAACAGUCACCUGGAUGAAGGCUGUAAAUCAAAAAUAAAAAAAUAAAUAUAUCCUGUAUUUCACGAUUUCUCUGUAGAUAAUCUAUGUAUUGACUGGAAAACGUUCUUACAACAAAUAAGCUACAACUAUACAGUGUAAUAUUAUGUCUGCAAUAUUUUUUAGUGUAUUUUUCAACUGCUAUGCUACUUUUUGUGUCUGAAUUCUGAUUGGUUGUUCAUGGUUAUGCGGUUUUGGCUAUGGUGGUUUACCUUUGUCAGUUUAUUCAUUCACAAAAUAACGUUAAGCCACUGCCGCCUCCUUCCCGUUAUUAUACUUGAAAUUAUUGCUACUCAGAAUUGAAUGUGUGUAUUCACUCAUUUUAAACAGCGGGAAGAGUGAGGGUUUUGCAUUCAGAUUAUUUUGAAGUAUUUCAUAAGGGAUCCUGGAAGAACUCAUUAAUUGUAUUAUUCUCAUGGUAUUACAGAUCGAUUUCAUUUACAAUUGAAAGGAAAUAAUUUAAUAGUCCCUCUGACUUCUGAGUUAUAAGUAUAUCUGCAAUACGACUGGUCCGAAGUAUUGGUUUUGCACAGUGGUUCGGUGAGUAUGUCAACCAGAAAUCCUACUGCCUACCACAUUGCAACACACUUGAACUCCCAAAGUUUUCUAGAUAACAAAAAUUAACUUUAAGGUGAAUUCAUAUUGAAAAGUACAUAAUAUAUGAACCGAUUUGCUGCAGUCAGCAGCGUGUACUUAGCCAUACAUUCGCAGUCAUCAAAUUUUAAGCAUAAAUUUAUGUACAUAUUUGUCAGCAUUUUCAGAAUCUGAGUGGUAGCAAUUAGUGAAUACAUCUGCACUAUGUAAACAUCAGUCCCAAUGAUAGGAUCGCACAUAAAGUAGUAUAUCAUCGUUUCUUGCACUUAUUGUGAUUGACUAUGCGACCGAUCAUUUGCGUGACUUGGUGAGUCUGAAGCAGGCGCAGACUUAACGAAGUGACUAAGGUUCUCAUUCAGUUCGGCGCAGUUUUAACACCCCGACAGUUUAUUUUUAACAUGUGGCGAUGUCCAUCGCCCGACUUAGUUCAAAACAGUAAUCAUUGACUACCGAUUGGUGGCAUGCUUUUUGCCCCACUUGGUUCUGUUCCUGCUAACAUUGCUUAGCAUGCUUUUCUUAGACAAGUUAGCCUUAUCUUAGAAUAUGAUUUUCUUAGUUAAUACUUAUCUAACAUUAUUACUACGUUGCUUCACCACCGUCAGGCAGUAUACACGCCUUCUGAUGUUUUAUCGGAUAUCAUUCCUCUGCCAAAAGUGACUCAAGCUAGCAAACGCUAGAGAAGCAUUUUGUUUCAG